AUGAAAAAUAAAUGAAAAUUUUUUCACCUCAUUCUCCGAUUUUCAAUAACUAACGAAUGAAGAAUUGACACAUGUAAUUGAAUAACAGUCUUUUCAGGAUCGCCAUCAUUGCCAUGACGUCCACAAUGUCAUCCCUAGGAGCGAGCAUGUUUGCGAGAGCAACGUUUUUCCCAACUUUAUUCUACAAUGUGAUGAUGGAAAAAGUCACAUCGAGACGGUGGUACGACAGAAUUGAUGAAGCUGUUAUACUGGGAGCUCUGCCAUUCAGGGGUAUGACGGAAAAGUUGAUUGCAGAAGAAAAUGUUGGUGCAGUGGUUUCUAUGAACGAGGAUUAUGAAUUGAAAUUAUUUUCGAAUACUGGAGAGGAGUGGUCGAAGCAUGGAGUACAAUUCCUCCAACUAUCAACAACCGACAUCUUUGAGACCCCGUGUCAAGACAAACUCCAGAAAGGCGUGAAUUUCAUAAAUCAGUGUCAAGGAAGUCUUUUUCAUGGAAAUGAUGCAGAUACGAGAUUACUAAGCACAGUUUACGUGCAUUGCAAAGCAGGGAGGACGAGGAGUGCUACUCUAGUUGGAUGUUACCUCAUGAAGAAACAUGGAUGGACCCCUUCAGAGGCUGUAGACUACAUGAAAAGCAAAAGAGAACAUAUCCUCCUUCACACAGCUCAAUGGAGAGCCCUGAAACUCUACCAUGAAAAUCACGUCAAGAAUCAAAGAGAAAAAAGUUAGAAAAUAAUAGUGCACUGCCUUUGACAAAGCUGGUUACCACGUCGUAUAGUAAUUAAAAUUCAUUCGAUAAAUCCAGUUUAUUGGAUUCGUUGCAUCUUAUGUCAGCACGUAUCGACGUUUUGAAAAAAGAGUUUUCCGGUAUUUUCCGAAUGAAAAACUAUUUUAUAAAAGUACUGUACUUACGAAGUGACUUGAAAUAGACGAAUUUGUUUCAUUAUGAUUAAA